GGAUCAGAAGAGGGCGGUAAUGAACCAAGUUGUGGAUGCCAACCGCCGUAAAACCCCAAGAAGAAGAAGAAGAAAGGUUACCUCCCCUUUCUCUGCUUUGCCCGCCCAGAGAAUUUGUCCCGACCGCCCAUGAGAAAAGGAGCUACGACCGCGUGGGCUCAGCAUACACAUUACACACAGUUCUUUCCUGGAGAGACAUCAUAGCUUGCAAGCAUGGCAGUUGCUCAGUGUUGGGAUGUACAAAUGAUCACAAAAAUGUAUGUUUAGUUCCUUCAUCCGAGCCUAUUUUCUCUGGAAACGCGCCAAACAUUUCACCGACUUCCUCAACUUGGUCCAAUACAAAGCUGGACUUGCUGAACGUUUGGAAAUGGAGUCCGGAUCUGUACCAACUCUCCUCGGCUCAGCUACAAACCUCGGACAAGCCAGCUCAUCAAGUGUUUACAUUCAGCAGCUUCUCUCAAGGGAUGUUGCCUGCCAUACAGACCACCUGGAAACACAUACUGUAGCCAAACGGCUAUCCUUAAAGACUCUGCGGUCCCACUUUACAAUUGAAGCCUUUAGAGACCGUAGCGCGCAGCGCAGCGCCACCUCGGAGAUUCUGGGUGUGGGCAGCCCUGGCUCCUCCCACAUGUCCAGUCACAGUGGGGAGCUGAUGAUCCUGAGCGUCUACGGUAAAGGGGAGGGCCCACUGGUGGUGGACGGCCAUGACACCCUCUUCACCGCGUCUGAAUUGGAGGCCCUGAACUCGCUGUCUGCGGACCAUAGCGCGGCCAAGUGCCUGGAGCGCGGCGAGCGGCUGGUCUGCCACGAGGAGCUGAGUGUGCAGCAGCAGACCCCAGACACCAUUUCAAUCAAGGUUGAAGAGGAUAUAGGUGGAGGCAUGCCCGCUGUAGAAGACUGUGAUGCCUUUGGAGACCGUAGCACGCAGCGCGGCGCCACCUCAGAGAGUCUGGGUGUGGACGGCCCUGGCUCCUCCCACAUGUCCAGUCACAACGGGGAGCUGCGGAUCCUGAGCGUCUACGGUAAAGGGGAGGGCCCACUGGCGGUGGACGGCCAUGACACCCUCUUCACCGCGUCAGAAGUGGAGGCCCUGAACUCGCUGUCUGCGGACCACAGCGCGGCCAAGAGCCUGGAGCGCGGCGAGCGGCUGGUCUGCCACGAGGAGCUGAGUGUGCAGCAGGAGACCCCAGACACCAUUUCAAUCAAGGUUGAAGACGAUAUUGGUGGAGGCAUGCCCGCUGUAGACGACGGCAAUGAAUUCAGAGACUGCAGCACGCAGCGCGGCGACACCUCAGAGAGUCUGUGUGUGGACGCCCCUGGCUCCGCCCACAUGGCCAGUCACAACGGGGAGCUGCGGAUCCUGAGCGUCUACGGAAAAGGGGAGGGCCCACUGGCGGUGGAUGGUUUGUGGAUGGUUUCUCCCAACAAUGCCAAUAUGAUGGUACACAUGAGGACCCGACCAAACAAGAAGCCGUACGGGUGCGGCCAAUGCAAGAAGCGCUACAUACGGGAAGACUUCCUGAAGAUCCACAUGAGGACUUGCUCUCGGAAGAAGCCCUACAGCUGUGAACAAUGCACGAAGAGCUUCAGUCAGAAAGAAAAGCUGAAGAGCCACAUGAGGACUCACACCGGGGAGAAACCCUACAGCUGUGACCAAUGCACGAAGAGCUUCAGUGAGCUAAACGUACUGAAGAGCCACAUGAGGACUCACACCGACGAGAAGCCCUACGGGUGCGACCAAUGCAUCAAGCGCUACAGAUGGAAAGAUUCCCUGAGGAUCCACAAAAUGACUCACUCCGGGGAGAAGCCCUACAGCUGUGACCAAUGCACAAAGAGCUUUAGUCAGCAAUACGAACUGAAGAACCACAUGAGGACCCACACCGGUGAGAAGCCCUACAGCUGUGACCAAUGCACGAAGAGCUUCAGUCAGCUAAACGUACUGAAGAACCACAUGAGGACUCACACCGACGAGAAGCCCUACGGGUGCGACCAAUGCACGAAGCUCUUCAGUCAGAAAGGCAAGCUGAAGAGCCACAUGAGGACUCACACCGGAGAGAAGCCCUACAGGUGUGACCAAUGCACGAAGCGCUUCAGUCAGAAAGCCCACCUGAAGAUCCACAUGAAGACUCACACCGGGGAGAAGCCCUACAGGUGUGACCAAUGCACAAAGCGCUUCAGUCAAAGUGACUACCUGAAGAGCCACAUGAAGACUCACACCGGGGAGAAACCCUACAGCUGUGACCAAUGCACGAAGCGCUUCAGCCGUAGCUCGUACCUGAAGAUCCACAUGAGAACGCACUCCGGGGAGAAGCCCUACAGCUGUGACCAAUGCACGAAGAGCUUCAGUCUGCAAAACGUACUGAAGCGCCACAUGAAGACUCACACUGGGGAGAAACCCUACAGCUGUGACCAAUGCACUAAGAGCUUCAGCCAGAGCUCGUCCCUGAACGUCCACAUGAGGACUCACACCGACGAGAAGCCCUACGGGUGCGACCAAUGCACGAAGCGCUACAGAGGGAAAGAUUCCCUGAGGAUCCAUAAAAUGACUCACUCCGGGGAGAAGCCCUACAGCUGUGACCAAUGCACGAAGAGCUUCAGUCAGCAAAAGGUACUGAAGAGCCACAUGAAGACUCACACCGGGGAGAAACCCUACAGCUGUGACCAAUGCAUGAAGAGCUUCAGCCGGCAAAACGACCUGAAGAACCACAUGAGGACUCACACCGGCGAGAAGCCCUACAGCUGUGACCAAUGCACGAAGAGCUUCAGUCAAAGUAACGAACUGAAGGGCCACAUGAGGACUCACACCGGUGAGAAGCCCUACGGGUGUGACCAAUGCACGAAGCGCUUCAGUGAAAGUGGAAACCUGAAGAGCCACAUGAGGACUCACACCGGCGAGAAGCCCUACAGGUGUGACCAAUGCACGAAGCGCUUCAGCCAUAGCGUGUCCCUCAACGUCCACAUGAGGACUCACACCGACGAGAAGCCCUACGGGUGUGACCAAUGCACGAAGCGCUUCAGUUCGAAAGGCAUGCUGAAGAUCCACAUUAGGACUCACACCGGCGAGAAGCCCUACAGGUGUGACCAAUGCACGAAGCGCUUCAGCCAGAGCUCGUCCCUGAACGUCCACAUGAGGACUCACACCGACGAGAAGCCCUACGGGUGUGACCAAUGCACGAAGCGCUUCAGUUCGAAAGGCAUGCUGAAGAUCCACAUUAGGACUCACACCGGCGAGAAGCCCUACAGGUGUGACCAAUGCACGAAGCGCUUCAGCCAGAGCUCGUCCCUGAACGUCCACAUGAGGACUCACACCGACGAGAAGCCCUACGGGUGUGACCAAUGCACGAAGCGCUUCAGUUCGAAAGGCAUGCUGAAGAUCCACAUUAGGACUCACACCGGCGAGAAGCCCUACAGUUGCGACCAAUGCACAAAGCGCUUCGCUCGGCAUGACACCCUGAACGUCCACAUGAAGACUCACAGCGGCGAGAAGUUUAAUUUCUAACGCAAGGUUAGUUUUAUUUCUAACGUUAUGGGAAUCAGGCCCUUUGUCCAAAAUUCCGAACUACCACGUCAAAGGGAUUCUUUGACGCCUGUAUCCAGGUGCUGUUUUUUUUCAUCAUGAUUAAACGCUUUCCAACUUUGAUUCGCCAUGUUUUUAUUUUUGAGAAAUGAUGUCUGUGAUGAAGAAUGACUUAGUUCUCGGACACUUCUGACUGCAAAACAUUUGAUUUAUUUUUAGAGCUUAAUCAUGGGAAGAAACAGGCAGCAAAUUGACCAAGCAUUUGUUCAGUAAGUUGCAAAUGCAAACUAUCUUAAUGCCUUUUAAUUAGAGGGGACGGGAGGUAUCUCUAGGUCCAAGGAGAAUGUAUAUAAAUUACUUUAAAUUGAUUAAUUAUAUAAACAGGGUUCAUGUAAUUUGUAUACAAUUGUAUAUUGAAGUUACGUUUUGAUAUUUCCACAACUAUGUCAUUACCUCUACCUUGGUUAUUAGAAAAAGCCUGCAAAGUUCACCUGUGAAAUAGACUGCAAUUAAACCCCACAUUAUACAUGAUUGUGUUCAUUUCACUAACCUUUUGUCAUGUCCUUAAUGCCAACUACCUCUUGUUUUGACUU